AGGUGUAAAAAAUAAUUCCACGUAAUUUUAUUGGAGCAGUGUGCAGGAAACUAAAAAACAGAAAAUAAUGAAAAGUACACAAUUAGCUUUAAUAGCAUUAAUAAUAUAUGCCUUAGGUGAGGUUCAAUGUGGUGAAGUGCCUCGUCCACGGGGCGUAUCACUAACAAAGGCGCCACUUUACCAGCCGCAAGCCAAUGGCAAAUGGACUUGUUUGGAUGGCAGCAAGACUAUACCGUUUACACAUAUAAACGAUGAAUACUGUGAUUGCGCUGAUGGCAGCGAUGAGCCGGGUACAUCUGCCUGUGCGGAGGGCAAGUUUCAUUGCGUGAACAAAGGUCAUCAGUCUAUUGAUAUACCCAGCGCGCUGGUGCAGGAUGGAGUCUGUGAUUGCUGCGAUGGCAGCGAUGAGCUGCCUGCCACAGGCUGCAGCAAUAGCUGUCAAGAACUAGGCGCUGCCGAGGCUAUUAAGCGUCGCAAUGAAGCGGAGGUGCAUAGGCGUGGAACUGAGAAGCGUGAGGAGCUCAUAGCGCGUGGCAGGCAAUUGAAAGCAGAUCGCGCAGGCCGACGUUCUGAGCUGCAGUCGCACAUACAGGAACAGGAAAGGUUAAAGUCCGAAAAGGAGCAGCUUAAAAAAACAGCUGAGGCUUUGGAGAGCGAAGCCUUGGAAGUGUUCAAGGAGCAGCAACGCGAGCUAAAUGAGAAUACCGCACAAGCGGAGGAAGAGCCACAGCAAAUGCGCCAUGAAGCCACAAUGAGCUUUGUGCGCUAUGAUACCAACAAGGAUGGCUUUGUAGAAGUUACUGAGCUCAUGGUAGACAUGAAUCUGGAUCAGGAUCGCAAUGGUGUGGUCACAGUAGAGGAAGCCAAGUACUUUUUGGAUGAGCGUGAACGUGUGGACUUGGAUGCAUUUGUAACGCUCGCCUGGCCGCGCAUUAAGCCGCUGAAGAUGCUAGCGGAAGGGCUGUUCCAGCCGCCACUGGAGGCUCCAAAGCCACCGGAGCAGGAGCAAACUGAACAUGACUCGCCAAGUGAAGAACGUGGUGAUAUGGCUCCUGAGGGCGAGCUAGAGGAUGAGCACGAUGAAGGCGAGGAGGAAGAAGAUCAAUAUGAUGAUGAAGAAGCAGAUGUGGGUAUAGGUGAAGCCACGCCUGAAAUUGAAACCACUACCACUGCCCCCAACUAUGAUCCGGAAACUCAGCGUCUAGUCGAAGCUGCCAAUGAAGCGCGUAAUGCUUUCGAGGAAGUGGAGCGUCAAAUACGUGAAAUCGAACAUGAGAUAAAAGAAAUUGAUGAGCAAGAGAACAAGGACUAUGGAUUACAUGAAGAGUGGGCCGUGCUCGAUGGUGAAUGCUAUACAUAUGAGGAUCGUGAAUAUGUCUAUACGCUCUGCCCGUUCGAUCGUGUAUCCCAAAAGCCACGUAAUGGUGGCGCCGAAACCACCCUGGGACGCUGGGAGCAAUGGGCUGGCGAGGGCGAGGACAAGUAUAGCAAACAGAAAUAUACGCAAGGCGCUGCCUGCUGGAACGGACCAAACCGCUCCGCCGUCAUCAACAUCAAGUGCGCCUUGGAGCCCAAGAUUACAGCAGUUAGUGAGCCCAAUCGCUGUGAAUAUUAUUACGAGUUCGAAACGCCUGCAGCCUGCGAUAGCGAAGCUUUUGCCACUGCCGCCGCUAAUAGUGCGCACGACGAGCUUUAAUAUUUAGCAUCUUAAAGUUUGCAUAUAUUUUUCUUUUGGCUCAACUGUAUUUUGUAGUUACAAGAGAGUUAUUUGUAAAGUGAUUUUGCUGAUCAUUCCCAAAAUUCAUCACAAAAUUCACGUACUCACUCGCAUUUCGCAUCAAACGCCGUAGACAAUUAUUAUUCAGCAUAAUGUGCAUUUAAGCCAAGUAAAAAGUUUCAAUUUUUA